GGAAGGCCAGUUCAGCAAGGAGCUUUGGCGUACCUUUCGGGUCAUCACAGUCACUGGCCUUGUAAUCUAUGCCGGCAUGACUAGGCUUGACAGGUUGAACGAGCAAGGCCAUGAUGGUUUGGAAGAAGAUGAAGAUCGUGACCCCGAUGAUCUUCAAGAAGAAGAUUGCGACCAUGAUGAUCUGGAGGAAGAUGAAGAUGAUGAAGAUUAUGACAGCGAUGAUUCAGAAGAGGAAGAAGAGCAUGACUGUGAUGAUUCAAAAUGUAGUUUUGACGGUGUGAAUGAAGUGGCCCCAAAUCCGGGCACAAAAUUCAGUGAUGUCAAGGGGGUUGACGAAGCCAAAGCUGAGCUUGAGGACAUUGUUCACUAUCUACGAGAUCCCAAGCGUUUCACGCGCCUUGGUGGCAAGCUUCCAAAGGGUGUUCUGCUUGUGGGCCCACCUGGCACAGGGAAGACAAUGUUGGCAAGGGCUGUGGCUGGGGAAGCCUGCGUCCCAUUCUUUGCGUGCAGUGGCAGUGAUUUCGAGGAGAUGUAUGUAGGUGUUGGGGCUAAGAGAGUGAGGGAGCUCUUCGGUGAAGCAAAGAAGCAAUCUCCUUGCAUAAUAUUUAUCGACGAGAUUGAUGCCAUUGGAGGCCGCAGAAACCCGGAAGAUCCAACUUGUUACAGGCAAACCGUGAACCAGCUGCUUUCUGAGAUGGAUGGCUUCAAGCAAAAUGAUGGGAUCAUUGUUAUCGCGGCAACCAACUUCCCCCAGUCACUUGAUAAAGCCCUCCUCAGGCCUGGGCGUCUGGACCGUCAAAUUCAUGUCCCAAUUCCAGAUGUCGAGGGCAGACGGCAAAUCCUCGAGGCUUAUAUGUCAAAAGUCCAAGCCAGCAAGGAUGUGGAUCCGAUGACCAUUGCAAGGGGGACGCCUGGAUUCUCUGGUGCAGACCUCUCAAACCUGGUGAAUGACGCUGCUCUCAAGGCAGCCAAGGAUGGGGCGGAAGCUGUUAUGAUGCAUCACAUUGAGUAUGCCAAGGACAGGAUCAUGAUGGGAAGUGAACGCAAGUCAGCAGUGAUACCUGAUAACUGCAGGAAGCUUACCGCGUACCGUGAGGGAGGGCAUGCCCUUGUUACCAUCCACACGGAUGGCGCUCGACCUAUCCACAAGGUCACCAUUGUUCCCAGGGGAGAUGCUCUUGGCAUGGUGACACACCUGCCAGAGGAAGAAGAUGCGUAUAAAGAAACGAGGAAGCAAAUGCUGGCGAGAUUGGAUGUCCUCAUGGGACGCCGGGUGGCCGAGGAGCUUGUAUUUGGAGAGAGCGAGGUGACCGCUGCCGCCUCCUCUGAUCUAAGCCAGGCGACGCAGCUGGCAAUAGACAUGGUCACCAGGUAUGGUAUGAGCGGGCAGGUCGGCCUUGUUUCCUACGAUGAUGAUGGUGGCAGCUGUGUGAAGAGGACGUCCAUGAGGGGGCUGCAGACAUCCCAUGUCGAUGAGGAAGUGAAGCAGCUAUUGGACAAGGCUUACAAGAAUGCGAAAACGAUUCUCACGACGCACAUCAAUGAGCUUCAUGUGCUAGCCGGCGCCCUCCUUGAGCAUGAAACUCUCACCGGGGACCAGAUCAACAAACUAGUAUAUAGGCAAGUAAACGGCCUUAACAAUUGUCAACAGAAUCAGGAAACGCCUCCUUCAGCCUAAAAGGUGAGAGGCAAAACAGUUUUGUCCUAAGAGCAAUAUUUUCUUUUGCUUAUACAUGGCUUUUGUGAGAAUGCUAUGUAUUUUGCAUCGUUGUUUUUGAUUCAGUAAAAACACUCCUGCUUUUGGAUCUUAGAGACAUGAAAGCACCCCAACAUACUAGUAGGAUAUCUGUGACUGAGCACAAGGAUUAA